AGCCGGCCGUCUUGUGAUUGUGACGCCGUGGCCGCGACGCGCGAGACGCGCUGCAGCGUGCGGGCCGCGCGUCACGAGCCCCUGUCCAUCGCUGCUGUGGGUGCGGCGACGCGGCUGCCCCCUUUGAGCGGUGGGGGUCCGCAGCAUAUUAGCCAAAGCAGGCGAAAAAUAGCGCGGUCGAGCGACCUUCCUGCUCGACCUUAAUCUAAAAACAGGCGACGUGCGCUCGUAGCGCGUCGGGUCGAGCGUCCUUCCUGCUCGACCGUAAUCUAAAAACAGGCGGUCGCGCGCGGCGCGCGCGCGACCGGGGUCUACACACACAAGAAUGUACCCGCUCGGAACGGCGGCAGGACUGCUUACGAUAGCAACGAUCGCCGCGGCCACGAACGACGGCAACGCGAACACGCGGCCCGAGUGGAAGGUCAAGUUCUACGAAAGCGGUUCCGCCUGCAACGACCUCGCGUAUUUGGGCUGCGCGGCGUCGUCGGCAGCCGGCGUCACGGGCUGCAGCGGGCGCGUGGGCAACUGCACGCCUGCCUUAGCGGUGCUCGGGGGCGUCGCGAGCCCCGACCCCGACGAGGUCCCGACGCGCACGCUGACUGUGGAAAGUUGCUCUUGUACUUCGGCGACGCUGUCAAUUCACGACGAGAGCGGCACGGAGAAAGGUGAUGGGUCCAUGGUCUAUGCAUGUGACGGGGAGACGGUCUUGGAUCGGCGGACCGUAUCUAUCUUAGGCGAGGAGGGGUCCGCGUGCGUUUCUGACCUCGACAUCGUCGUCAUGUGCCCCCAGGCCUACUGGGACGGGGGCUGCUCUGUUGCUGAUAAGAAGUCGUCGGACGGGACGUCGUGGCCCCUCGUGCUGGGCAUCGUCGCGUUAUGUCUCGUGGGGCUGGCGGUCGCCGGUGUGGGGCUCGCGCUCGCGCACCGGUGCUUCGUACGGCACGCACCGCCGCCGCCGAAACUACCGUCCAUACGACGGCCCGUCGAGUGCGCCGCGCCUGAGGACGACACGAUUUAUCUCGACGACGUGGCCGUGUCUUGACGGCACUCAAAUUCCCGUAUGCCGCCUCGGAAGCCGCGCUAUGACGCCCGUUGUGACCUCCCGGGGAGGUCACGCCGGGCCGAGGAAACCCGCACCCGCUCCUUCCGCCAGAGGCCCU